AAGAUCAGGAUUGUUCUUCGAAGGCUUGAGGGCGCUAGAAAAGAACAGAUCGUCGUCCCUGGCGAAAUUCCUCGCGCAUUCUAUCCCGUUAUCAAAGUGGGAGGAGGCAGGGUGAAAAAGGCAAACCCCCCUCCCCCAGCUAUAGGGCAGGACAGGAUUAUAAGCAAGUAUCCUGACAAAGCCGAAAAGCAACUACAAAAAAUCAACGCUUCAGAGAAAUAUAAUUACUCGAGAACCAAAUUCAAAAAGGACACCAAAUUCAAGGACCGAGAGCCCAGGACCAGGUCCAAGGACCCGGCUAAAGUCGGUUUGCAAAAGCGCGAGGGCAAAAACGUGGCCAUCCAGGUUAUCAAAAAGAACGACUGGGAUGGAUUCUUUGAGGAUUAUCAUUCUUUUUUUUCAACGUUAAGUUAG